UCCAGACAUGCUUGAACUCGCCAGACUCGCCCCCACGCUCAGAUCCCACCACUGAUCAGCGCAUGAGUGCCACGGGUUUUGAGGAGACGGACCUCACUUACCAGGUGUCAGAGUCAGACAGCAGUGGGGAGACCAAGGUCUCUUUCUGCUCCAUGUUAUCUACUAACUUGACCCAAGACAGCUGCUUCAUUUUCUAGGUGGAAUCUGCUGUCUCCUGCCCCUGAGAGCUCGUCCUAUGUAUUGUAUUAAUACCUGCCCUCACUCUUACUGUACGUCUCCAGCUGGCUACAUCAUGCUUUUUCUAGGAUUUUCAUCCAGCCUCUAGACUAGUUGGGAUUCCUCUCCCCCAGUAGGAUGUGGGGUGAUUUAAAGGCUCCAGUGUGGCUAGUUGCAUCACAGCUGACUGUACCGUGUAGACUUUUCCAUGCUGGGUUUGGCUCUGGAGGAGUGCAUUUUACAAGCUUUCCUUGUGUUCUUGUCUGUGGGUCUGCUGGGGUCUGGAACGAUGAGACUCCAUUCUCUCCUCAUUCCAUUAGGGAUGCACUGAAACCUGCAUUCACAGUUACCAACUUGCCUGGGACAACAUCAACCAUCCAGACUGCGCCCACCACCUCCACCUCCAUGCAGGUCAGCAGUGGCCCCUCAUUCCCAAUCACCAACUACCUAGCACCAGUCUCUGCCAGUGUCAGCCCUAAUGCCGUCACCAGUGCCAAUGGGACAGUCCUGAAAACCACUGGAACCAGUGCAGUGACCUCCGGAGGGCUAAUGCAGAUACCCACCAGCUUCACCCUCAUGUCAGGUGCUCCGCUCCCUCCGGGGACCCCCACCAUUCCUCUCACUCAGUUACAGCCACACUCACAGGGCCAGGCAGUCGCAGGUACAGCUGGACAGCUGCAGCAGGCACAGCAGACAGUCUUCCGAUUCCCUGCCACAGCCGGAGGGCAGAUCGUGUCUCUGACAGGUGGUGCUAUGGCUCAACAGGUUCCAGUCCAAGCCAUCCAGGUGCACCAGGCCCCACAGCAAACGUCUCCUUCCAGUGACAGCAGCACUGAUCUCACCCAGACCUCUUCCAGUGGAACAGUGACACUGCCAGCAACGAUCAUGACUUCGUCUGUGCCAACCACUGUGGGAGGCCACAUGAUGUACCCCAGCCCACACGCAGUGAUGUAUGCCCCCACGUCUGGUCUCACCGAUGGUGGGCUCGCAGUCCUCAAUGCUUUCUCCCAGGCACCAUCAGCAAUGCAGGUCUCCCAUGGCCAAGUCCAGGAGCAGGGUGGAGUCCCACAGGUGUUCCUGACAGCCCCAUCUGGCACAGUUCAGAUCCCAGUCCAACUUCAUCAGAUGGCUGUCAUUGGCCAGCAGACCAGCAGUGGCAGCAACCUGACGGAGCUGCAGGUGGUGAAUUUGGACACAUCACACAGCACCAAGAGUGACUGAGAGCCCUGUCGCGCCUGGCCCUGGAGCUGCAGCAGCUGCUGCCAGCCUCAGGCUGUACUCAGCUGUGAUGCUUGUCAUCAGUUCUGAGACUGGCAGUGAUUCCCUUCCAUACAGACUGCAUCACUUAUUUAUUGUUGCCUUUUUCACAUUUCCUUUACACAUGCACAGACAUCUACACAUACACACACUGCACAGACAUAGACACACACACACGGCCACAGGAUCCAUAGGAAGCGGCUGAGUUGGGCUGUGCGGAGGUUGGUUGCAUUUGGACAUGUUUACUGUGCUUUUCUCACUCCAGCCAAAGAAACUCGUCUCCUGAGGGGAGCUUGCCCUGCGGUGUAAAUAAAUACCUGGUAUCUGUUAGCAGAUGGGAGCCCUGACUCCCUGCGGUAUGUUCAGGAAUCUCUAUGUUGUGUUUGCCAUGAGUAUUAGAGCCAGGAAGGACACGACUCAGUGACAGGUGGUUGGGGUGCAGUGGCAGCAACCGCUACCCAAGGGAACUCUUGGCUGUCAGCUGCCCUGUGGCUCUAUGCCAGGAAUGACCAGGCAUUGUCUCAGGGCAGGUGGGUCCAGGCUGUGCCGCUGGCCUCAGCAAUGUGCCUUGUCAGUCCAUGUGACACGUCUUGGCCACAGCAGUAGGCUUCCUCUGUGCUUUGAAGUUUGCAGUGGAGCAAAAGCAAGUGAGCUGCUUCCAGUGAGUGCUUAAAUGUGCAUCUUGCUUCCACAGCCAGGAGGAACAUGACUGUCAGCAGCAGCUUUUGCUGGAAGGGUGGUUGGGAUGAUAUUCUGUUCCUGCUCAGGUGGCAGCACAGGUGUUAGGCCCAGGGGCACAGCCUACAUGACACAGAGCAGCCCCCCAGUUGUAGUUGAGUAUGGAAGUGUAUGAGGGUGCACUGUCUCUUAACCUUGGACCUGGAACUGCCAUUCCUAGUACACACUAUAGCAAGCCUCUUGCACAUCAACUGCAAUGACAGUGGUCUUGUGCCAGUGGGUGUCCUCCAGGGGGGCUGUGACCCAGUGCACUGCACUUUCCUCCCAGGAGACUGGCCACAUUUGGUUUGCUUGGGGUUGAUGCUAGGAGGAACUGAGCUAGAAGCAGAGUGGCUUAAAAGUUUUCUGCUAUGAAGGUGUCUUAUUCUCUCUCCAAGGAAGUUGUUCUUAUGCCACCUAACAUUAGCCAGCUGUCUGGGAGCAAGGUAAUGUGAACUGGCCUUCGCUCUUCUCCAAAGGCCCUGCAGAUGGGCAUUCUUUGUAUUGUGGACAUCUCCUCAUCCUCCAUUAGCCAGGAAUGCAACUGUGUACUCAAGGAAUGGGCUGUCUGUUAGGCAGUGGGAACUCAGGUUGCAACUCAUGAGGGCUGUUCUUCCUGCAUGCUGAAUCAAGUGAGGUGUGUGCCCCUGACAUUGCUUGUCUUCUGAAGGGAGCAGUACAACAGCCUGAUUGCCUCCCUGCUGACAACAAUACGUGCUAUGGGGAGGUGGUUCUGCUACCCUUAGUGAGUUCUGAACUACUGCUCUUAACCUGAGGUGGAGAAAACAGCUUAAAUGUUAAAGGGAAAACCUUCAGGAGCAGCUGGACAGCAUUGCUGGGGCAGCAGGAGGGGCCUAUUGUAGAUUUCUAGGGCACCUGUCCACAGUUGUGAGACACCCUGGGCAGCAGAGGAACAUUUGUAUGUGCUUUGUUCAUACUGAUGGAGCAGGAGAGGGGAGGAUUUGCAAGGAGGACCUCUCCAUUCUGGCCAGGGAGAAGAAGAUAAAGUUGCAGUGAAUGGCUUUGCGGCCCUGCUCCCUAGCAACAUCUUUGGAGAGAGAGGAGGCUGCAGACUCCUUAGGGAAAGAAGCAGCUACUGUAACUUUUUUUUUUUUAAAUUAAAGACAAAAGAAGCCUUGAAAAAAAAAUGACUUUAUUUUUCUAAGUGUUAAACUCAGUAUUUAUGUAAUUCUUAAAGGAAUAAAAGUCUGGCUCCUGUACAGUUUUCAUGGGGUUUGUACCACAGGGAGGGGGGAAAGGGACAGGAAGGGGCCUUGCUUUUUGAUUUGUAUUGUAACCUUUGACAUGUUCCCUUAUGCAUUAGCGUUUAAGCUGCUAUUCUUGCCCCGCCUGCCUGACGGGUGCUAGGAAUUGAAUUGGAGCCAGCCAGAGGCCAGCUCAGCUUUGCUGGAUGGUCCUACUUUCCUCGCACCCAGCUGUUCCGUGUCACUUCUGCCAGGACUUCUGUUCCACAAUCUGACCAAGCAGCUGCCCUGGAUCAGCCCAUGUGAUUAGCAUGCAUAUUAGGCAGCAAACCAAAUUCUGGUUCUGAUGGAGCAAGCAGUGGCAUCUGAGCUCUGCUUCCACUUGGAUGGGUGGGCAAUGUCAAGGAGCAACAUAACAGAAGGGAAGGAGCACAGCUGAGAAGGGUCUGUCCCAUUGGACAAAUCUAGUAGAAACGUGGCUGAUGCAGGGUGCCUAGGUACCCUAGAAGACUGCAGUGGUCUUGGAUACCUACAGUCAUUAGUUGGCCAGAACUGAAAGGGCUCUUAGUCAUCAGUACAUAAAGCCGAGAAAGGGAUAAUAGGACUGUACUGAGAUCUCCAUAAUACUGUCAUCAGCCUGGAAAAUAAGUGCUUCCAAAAGUGUGUUCCUGGGAGAGCUUCAGGAGGGAGUUUCAAAUAUACCUGUGAAGCCUUAAUUUUCCCUGAGUUGGUUGGGAGGUGAAUGCCCAGCCUUGAGGUUUUUGGUAAGGAAGAUGUUAAGAGUUUACGUUGUGCAGCUCUUCUGUUCCCUGCUGCCACUCUGUGCCGCAGGAGAUGAGCUCUGCCUCCCAGCAGAAGGCCCUUGGCAGUCUUGGUAGAUGGGUCUCUCACUUCAAUCCUUUUUUUCAGAAGAGAAACUGUUCAUGAUUUUGACUCCAAGCCUCUCCCUCACUAGUUUCAGCCCCAGCCUUCUCAUUGCAUUCUACUCUGGUGAUCUGAAUAGGGUCUUUCCCUGUCAAGGGCCUGGGCUUUCUGGGUACCUGCAUAAAGAGCUACUCUUCUCUCUCUCAUUUGCACUGAGAAGCUUCCUGGAAACUUUCAAGUUAGACUUUCAGAUCACCUGUCUGUGGAGAUCCUGCCUCCAGUCUGUAGCUGGAGCCAGUAAGGGGGCAGAAGCCAAGGAAGAACUAGUUUUCAGUAGAGUACAGGAAGGUAGUGAUACCAAGGCCUCCCUAGGAGAGAUGUCCAUGGAACAGGCCCACUCUUCAAGGCAGUGGAUCUUCUUGCAGCUGGAGAGGAAAAGGGCAAGGGUUGUAUUUGGAGACUAUACCAGGACAUAACCAUUGUGCUCAUGUGGCUUUUCUUGGGUCAGUGCUGUGAAACUCAGCCCUUGGCAGUGUAUGGAAUUAGAUUAUUAAAAUUUACCUGCCACUUCAGGAAAUAAUCACCCCCAUGAUCUUAGCCCCCUUCCCACCCACCCUCUACAAAAGACAAAUGCAGGUUAAACGCUAAUGUUGCAUUUUAUUUAAUGUGCGAACUUGUAAGAACACUUGUGUAUCAGGGAUGAAAUGGCAUUUACUGUGUGGUGACAUUUUUAGUUCAUUUUAGAGAUUGUUUUUGAUUUUGUGUGUGUCUGAGCGUGUGCCUGUCGCAGAGGGUGGGGGGAGGGUUGUGUGUGUGUGUGUGUCUGUGUGGGGGUUUUUUUGUUUUGUUUUUUUUAAGUUUCCAGGGUUGUGUUUCUGGAAGGAUGUGGAAGUAAUCACAGUACUAUGUACAGAGCCUUCUUUUGUAUUAAAAAAUACUUUCAAUAAAUGUAUCAUUUUGUGCACAGA